UAUCUCAGCAGAUAUGGGCUUGUUAAAAUUGAAUCUCCUUCAGGGUCCCGGUUAUUUUCACGGCGGAUCGCAUAUUGACGAGUGACUUGCGGUCAACAUGAACACUGCGCUAACGCUACUACUAUGCGUCGCCGCGCUGGCGCCCGCCUCCGGCCUCUCAAUCGGCUUGAGACAGGACCCGGAGACGCUAUGCGCGGGCCAGGAGAAUUUCCUGCGCAUCGCCAGCGUCAGCAGUUGCUUUGAGUACUACCAGUGCUACUCCGGACGCGCCUACCUCAUGGAGUGCCCGCCGCACACGUGGUUCAAUGAACAAGAUCAGGUGUGCGAUUGGUCAGCUCCUCCAUCAGGCUGCCUCGUUGAAGAGCCUGAGCCAGAACCAGAACCCGAGCCAGAACCUGAGCCAGAACCAGAACCCGAGCCAGAACCUGAGCCAGAAUCCGAGCCAGAACCAGAACAGGAGCCAGAACAAGAGCCAGAGCCAGAACAGGAGCCAGAAUCAGAAGGAGAAUCUGAAGAGACUGUAGAAACCCCUGAAGAAAGCAACGAAGCCGAAGGAUCAGGCGAAGACGCGGCUGAAUGGGAACAGGACGCUAUUGUAAGACUCGUGAAAUCAAGAAUGGCAAAAGUAGUAAAGCAAGAAGAAGUAGAAGAAAACGACGAGGAGGAGGAGAAUGUUGAAAUCGAAGAAGUCAUCGUAGCAAAGAAAAUGUUGAGGCAAGAGGAAUUAGAAGAGGAAGAAAUUCAGGAGGUUAGCGAGGACGAGUUAGAGAACAUUGUCAAGCAGGAAGAGGUUGCCGACGAAGAGGAAAACGAAGAAACAGAAGACGUGGAAGACAAGAUCAAGCAAGAAGAAGUCGAGGAAAAUGAAGAAGAGAACGAGGAUCAGGCUCAAGAAGAAGACAACGAAAACUCUGGCGAAAUUAAACAAGAGGAGAGUGAGGAGGCUGAAGGUGAUGAAGAGGAAUCUGAAAAUGAUGACGACGCUAAGAGAAAGCUCAAACAGGAGGACACUGAUGACGAUGAUGAUGCUGAUGACGUCCAAGACAUAGUCCCUGCCAAGAAACAAGAAGAGAUUGAAGAGGAAUCAGAAAGCAAUGAGGAGCAGGAAGCUGUGCCGUAUAAGACCAAACAAGAGGAAGUUGAGGAUGAGCAAGACAAUGAGGAGUCCGAGCAAAACGAAGACGGGGUGAGGAAGAUUAAGAGAUUCUUCAAAAGGCUUUUCAGAAUAGCUGCUUAGGCACUGGUGCAUUCAAAUUCAUUCCACUAGGAAUGCGUAUUGACAUGCAGUAAGAGUAGUACUUAGUGUAGUUAUUUAUAUUAGUUUAAGUGUAAAUUAGGGUCACUUUGUGCAAUUUUGUAAAUAUGAACGGAUGAAUCCCAAUGAUA